ACUAGAGGAUACCGCUUCCAAAAUGCUUAGUAAUCCCUACUUUAAGUCCGUUUUGUGGCUGAUUGGCUUCGGAGGAAUGGGCUACGGCCUAAUGGUGCUAACCGAGCCGAACGUCGACAAAAUAGAGCGCAUCAAAGCCUCCGUUUCAAGUACCAAACUUAGUGCGGAUGAGCAGCGAAAGGCUCUGUUCAUGAAGAAGCUGCAGGAGGCGUCCACCACCAGUGCCCCAAUCUACAGGUCAUCGGCCGAAAAAUAGGAUAGUUAGGAAGCUUAAUCGUCAAUUUAUCAAUUUGUUAUACUUUUAAAAUACAAAUGUUAAGCAUUUAA